AGUUGAUGUUGUGCGCGAAUCGUCGUUGAAGUAAAUCGAUCUAGAGAGCUCGUAACGCGGCUAACAAGCUUAUGGAAGCGAGUGUUUAAUAUAUAUACUAAAAAAAUACAUAAUACCUGGCUAAAAACAUGAUAAGACUGCUUCUGUUCGCAUUCAUUGCGGUAGCCCAUCAACGACUGUCCAAUGGUCAGCAGAUGAAUGCAGCUCUUGAUGGAAUGUGCGGCGCUGAGGAAUUGUGCGUCUCGGACAAGUUGUGCACCGAGUCAGAUGACUCGGGACGCGAUGCAAUUGGACCGCGUCUUGGAAACAAUUGUGGUCAUGGAUAUGUGUGCUGUGAUCGCGAGCAGCUGGAGAGCUGGAACGCCACCCUGGCCAUGGAGGCAAGCGGGUCGCAGAGGAGCUUAUCUGCAACUCAGACUGUAACCACCAUGAAGACGCCAACUAUAACGACUCCGGCGACAUCGGUGACGACGGAGGAGCCUAGCGGUUAUGAGAGCUGUGGUUUUAAUAUGGAGUGUGUGCCGAGAAAGAUUUGCAGGGAAAAUUUGAUUAUCGAUGACGGACGCUUCAUCCUAAAUCCUCGCAUAGGCGACACUCCUUGCGUUGGUGCUCUGCAUCGCUGUUGUGCCAUAGAUAUGAAGAUCUCUGCCAAUGAGAGUUCGUAUGUGGACAAGUUGGCCAGCUUCAAGUAUCAGGGUUGUGGCUGGAGCAAUCCCAAUGGUCUGAUACCUGACCAGGACAACUACGAGUAUGCCAAGGAUGUCGCGCUCUUCGCUGAGUUCCCCUGGAUGGUGGCAGUGUUCAGUGGACGUAAUCAAUUCCUCUGUGGCGGCACUCUCAUUCACCCGCAGCUGGUGCUGACCAGUGCUCACAAUAUACAGAAUCACACGAUUAACACGCUAGUUGUCCGACUCGGCGAAUGGGAUCUGAACAGUCUCGAUGAGCCGCAUGAGCAUCAGGCGCGUCGCAUUAAGCAGAUCAUUCGCCACGAGGACUUCGAUCCGCGUGCGUUCUUCAAUGACAUUGCUCUGCUGGUGCUGAGUGAACCGGUGCCAAUUCAACCGCAUAUUCAACCACUUUGUUUGCCACCCACUGAGACGCCCGCCUUGCUGAGAGAGCUGCAGGAUACCCAAUGCUUUGCCACUGGCUGGGGUCGCCGCUUGCCUGGCAGCAGCCGGAACGAACAUCUGCUAAAGCGCAUCGAUCUGCCCUUCGUGAGUCGAGCCGAGUGUCAGGCGAUGUUGAGAAUCACAGUGCUGGGCAGACGCUUUCGUCUGCGGCCCAGUUUUCUGUGUGCAGGUGGCAUGGAGGGGAAGGACACUUGCAAGGGUGAUGGAGGAUCGCCGCUCUUUUGCACGAUGCCUAAUGAAACGAAUCGGUAUCGUCUUGUGGGCAUUGUGUCCUGGGGCAUCGACUGUGCCAAGCAAGAUGUGCCUGCAGUCUACGCCAAUGUUCCCUUCCUUCGCAACUGGAUCGACAACAAGAUUAAGACGUUGGGACUUCAGCUCGAAGGACCUUAGAGCUGCUUGUCUUUUGACUAAUACUAGAAAAUGCAUAUUCUCAAAUAAACAAUGUUGUUGUAGCUCAUUAAUAUUCACUUGAUAAAUUUUUAUUAA